AUGGCGGAGGUGGCGGGGCCGGAGCUGGUGCCCGCCGAGUGCAACCGGCGGCUGGCCGAGUACCUGCGGCAGGUGGACGACACGCACCUGGUAUGGCUGGCGGAGAUCGGCGAGGAGGCGGCCAGGAUGUUCAGCAGCGGCUACAGCGACGAGCCGGAGCUGAUGCCCAAGACGCCGUCGCAGAAGAACCGGCAGCGGAGGAAGCGCCUGUCCGCCCUGCAGGAGGAGAGCCCGCAGCCGGGCAGGAAGCGGUUAUCUAGGAGGAGGAACAGCAGCCUCAGACCAAGACCCUCCACACGAGGAUCCUCACGACGUUCUCAGAGAGUCCAGAAUAAAGAAAAUCUGGAACUCAUCAUGGCUGAGGUGAAACAGGUCUCUCCUCCUCGACGUGUGACAAGAUCCCAGGCUGCAACCUCUGCUAAGAGCUCAGAGCUCCUUCCCAAGACCCUAGCUGCCCAGCAAGGGGAAAGGCAGGUUCCCUCCAUAGGCCUCAGUGUUGGUGAUCGCAUGAGUGCUGAGCUGCACCUCCAGAAGAGCACCUCCAAGCCAGCAGAGCAGCUCUCCACAACCACCCCAUCGAGCUCUCCCCAGGAAAGCAGCGUGGCCAGAUCUCCCACUGCACCUGCAGCCUCUGGGCUGACGGUCCCUGACACCCCCGGGGCUGAGGAUGCGGGAGAAGGCGAGGCUGGGCUGAAGGCAGCCCAGGCAGCAAAUGCCACCUUCGUUAUAAGUGAAGAGUCUGGGCUGGAGGAAGCAGGUGACCCUGCCCGGGUACCAGAGGGGGCUGGUGAGGAGCCUCCCCAGCACCCAAGGGACACCCCCGGGACUCCGAAGGGCUCCAGGCUGAGCCGCCGCUCCGUGCGCAGGAGCCUGAUGGGCAGAACUUCCCUGACUCGCAGAACUUCCCUGCUGGAGAAAUACUCCCUUGCCACCAAGAGGGAAAGCAUGGUCCGGAGAUCUGUGACCAGGACCAUGGCCAAGAGUAGGGCAGCUCGGAAGUCAUCUGUGUCCUCCAGUUGUGUGGAUGCCUCCAGCUCUGGAGAGGUGCCAGAGGAGGAAGAAACAGUUCUGAAAACUGGGCCUCCUCCUGGACCUUGUACCCCCUCCAAGUUGAAUCCCCAAAGUCCACAAAUGUCCCUUCGCUCCCAAACCGCUGGCAGGAACGAGCAGCCGCAGGAUCCGGGCAGCAACGAAACCAACUUACAGAAUGGGGAGAUGCAGGAACCACCCCAGAGUGCCAGGAGAAAGCCAAGUUACAAGAGAGCUGUGGAUGACCGCUAUGACAGCCAGCAGGCAGAAGAGGGGGGCCUGUCUCCUCUGAGAAGAAAGACCCCGUCCCCUACCUUCCCAGCCAGCAAAGUUGUGCGUCCCUUCAAGACGUUCCUGCACACGGUGCAGAAGAACCAGCUCCUCAUGACACCAAGCUCUGUGGGGAGAACUGGAGUCAUAAAAUCCUUCAUCAGGUACAACACUCCUGUCCAGUCCAAUCCCAAGGAAAAGGAGAGACAGAAACUGGAGACUCUAAGGAAAAAGCACGAAGCUGAGCAGCUGAGAAAGCAGAAACUGGAGGAAGAGAAGAAGCGGCGGCUGGAGGAGGCCAAGCUGAAGCGCGAGGAGCGGCUGCGCAAGGUGCUGCAGGCGCGGGAGCGGGCGGAGCAGAUGGAGGAGGAGAGGAAGAGGCGCAUCGAGCAGAAGAUAGCUCUGUUUGAUGAGAAGACUGAGAAGGUGCGGGAAGAACGGCUGGCAGAAGAGAAGAUCAAGAAGAAAGCAGCUGCCAGGAAGAUGGAAGAAGCAGAGGCCCGGCGCAGGCACGACGAAGAGGCCAGGAGGCAAAAAGCUCUGCAGCAGGAGGAGGAGGAACGUCGGCACAAGGAACUAAUGCAGAAGAGGAAGGAAGAGGAGCAGGAACGUGCCAGGAAGAUUGCUGAGCAGAGACAGGCAGAACAGGAGAGAGAGAGACAGCUGGCUGCAGAGAGGGAACAGGAGAGGAAGAGGGAACAGGAGAGGAAGAGGGAACAGGAGAGGAUCCAGGCAGAAAGGCUGCGUGACCAGCAGGAGAAGGCUGCUUGUCAGCAGAAGGAAGCACUGGCUGCUAAGGAGCAGCUCCACAAGGAGGUGAAUAAAGAGGUAAGCAUUGAGCAGAAGCUAGCAGAGGUGGAGAGGCAGGAGCAAGAACAGAAGAAACUGCUAGAGGAGCAAAAGGCUAAAGACCUAGCUCAGGCACAGCACCUGGCAAACACAGAGAACCCUCCAGCCUGCACCUCCUACCAGCUGACUCCCCAGGCUCAGAAGGCUCCCAAGCCCCCCAUCAUAAAUGCAAACAACUAUGGGAUGGAUCUGAACAGCGACGACUCCACCGAUGACGAGAGCCAGCCCCGCAAGCCCAUCCCUGCCUGGGCCACUGGGAGCCAGCUCAGCCAGGCUGUGGUCAGGCAGUACUGCAACCCUCCCAACGUGGACGCUGUCUUCGGGGUGAUCCCCAGCCCCAGGCUGGAGGACAUCUUCUACAAGAGCAAACCGCGCUACUUCAAGCGCACCAGCUCGGCCGUCUGGAGCUCCCCGCCCAUCCCCGCUGCCAAGGCCAUGCUGGGGCUGCCCUACAGCCUCAAGAAGUACUGAGGUGGGCAGGGGGAGUGUCUGCCUCUAGGUGAGAAAAGAAUUCCUGCUCAGUGUCUGUAGCUUUAGGUAUUAGGAUGGAAUAAAUAUCAGCUCUUAUGGGGCCUCUUGCAUUUUCUGGUUUAAGGGGUUGUUUUCUCACUGUUAGGCAAAGCAGCUGCUGGAGGGCACUGCCUGAGGAGGUGCAGCUUCUGGGGCCCUUUAAGGUGGCAGAGAUUUAGACCUCUAGGUCUUGAGAGUGCAUCCCCUAAAGUUCUGUGAUCCUCCCCCCUCCAGCCAAGCAGGCCUGGCAGUCGCUGCCAGCAGGAGAUGAAAGCUGUCCAUCUGUCUGUCUGUCCUGCCCCUGCCCACCUAUGGCUGGAGCCACAGUCCUGGCACGGCUCAGGACCACUGCAUAUAUCCCAGGUAAAGUCCAGAUCUGCAGCACUGAGGUUCUUCAGAAGCAAGACACCAGAAGGUGUGGUCUUCAUCCUCCUGCAAAUGGCAGAAUGGGACCAUUAUUCUGUUCCUCUGCAACUGCUCUUCUGCCAACACCAAGUGCAGCUACCAGCACAAGCUGGAUUGUCGCUCAGCUCAGGCUGAAAUACCCUGAGGACUUUGGCCUUUCUUCUGCCAGAGGAAGAUGUGACCCUCCAUGUGACCGUGUCUCCAGGACACCCAGAGUAAGCAGCCAUUGUUCAUGGCUUCCUCAAGAGAAACUACAAAGUUUCUGACAGAAUCUUGUUUCUCUAAUUCCAAUUCUGUGUCUGUGGCUCAGGCUGGAUCAAAACAUUCAGUCUGGCUUGAAUCCCUGUUUUUCCUCCUAUUGGUUGUUUCAUUUGUUCAACAUCAAAACUGGUUUCAUGUCCAGGCCUGUCUUGCACUUGGUGUUCCACAGGAACUGUUCCCAGAACAAUUUCAAAAACCAGCAAAGUGUCAGCUCAGAGUUUCAGUUCCAAGAGCAUCUGGUGUUUGAGUUGUUCUUUCUACACCUGGCACAGACAGUUGCCUGUUCUAACAAGCUCCUCUAGGGAGGGAGCAGAGUUGUUGGUGCUGGAUGGGAGAUUUUCAGGGCACUGCCUGUUUCUGCAGGCUGCUGUGCAGGUCUGUCUCCUGCAGGUCAGGCAGCAUACGUAGCUCCUACCUCAGGAUGAACAGUGUUUCUGUGUAUGUACAACUGGUCCUUAAACCCCAACCUGUGUGGAGAUGAUACCAUGUGGGAGCAGCCUCCUGCCUUUCCUGUGCCUGUAGUUAUGUCUUUUAAAGGAUGUGGGACUUUGUAUUUAAAUACAUCAACUGCCAGGUGGGAUGGGUGUGUGUGCCUGUCUGUGGUGGCUGUGCUGAGAGAUGUAGAUUGACUUUUGUAUCUUAGGGUGAACAGAAACUUUUUGUAAGAAAACUUGCUGAAAUGGCCAAAGUGUUAAAGAUGAAAAGUA